UAAGAAUAUUUCUCUUUUUGGUAUUAUCAUUUUUUAAAUCUUUCUCAUUUCUGUGCAAAACAGAAAGCAAGGCCAUGAAAGGAGCAAGAACAUGAUACGUACAACAUGCCAAAGAGAAUCACACAUUUUUAUAUACAUCCACUAUAAAAGAUAGAGACAUCAUUGGCUUCAGGCCAUGCUCGUUUAAGAAAGAUAGAGCAUUCAACAAACGGAGCCAUGGUUGUUGAUGCUUUAAGCAUGAGGGUCACCUGCACAAGGCUAAGGCCACACAUAUUCAUGGUCCUAGUUCAGAUAGCCUCAGCUUUUCUUUAUUUCAUUACAGAAGCUGCUUUCAAUCGUGGGAUGAAUCCUCAUGUUUAUGUCACCUACCGUCACAUAGUCGGUGGUAUUGCAGUACUUCCGUUUGCCUAUUUCUUUGAAAGGUGCAUUUCAGUCUGCAAACAACCCCCUCACCCACCUACACACCAGAAAAUAAGGCCAAGGAUGACACUCAUCAUGUUCAUUGAAAUCUUCCUUUAUUCUCUACUUGGAGUUGGAUUGACGAUAAACAUGUACUUUGCUAGUUUGAACUAUACCUCACCAACAUUUCUAUCAGCAACAGUAAAUACAGUUCCUACUUUGACCUUUGUCUUAGCAGUGGUAUUCAGGCUGGAAACUCUUAACUUACGAAAACCACGUGGAUUAGCAAAAGCGACUGGAACUUUCAUAUCCUUAGCAGGGGCGAUGGCCAUAGCAUUAUACAGAGGACCAGCGAUCAAAAGCUUGUGGGAACCUCCAAUACACCUCACGAAAAGUGACUUUCACAAAAAUUGGAUAAAAGGUCCAAUACUUUCAAUAGCAAGUUGCAUAUCCUGGUCAAUAUGGUUCACAAUGCAGGGAUUCACAUUGGAAAGAUAUCCUGCACCACUGUCAUUAGCUACAUGGGCAAACUUCAUGGGAGCUGCACAGUCUGCUGCUUUCACUUCACUGGCUGUUCAACAUGAGCCAGUUGCAUGGGUUAGGAAAUCCUUCAUCGACAUAGCAACCAUUCUAUUUGGGGGAGUGGUUUCCUCCGCUUUGAACUUCAUGAUGAUCGUAUGGUCUUCUAAAGAAAAAGGCCCCGUCUUUGUCACUAUGUUUUGUCCCCUACAAACACUAUUGGUGGUUAUCUUUGCAUAUUUCUUUGUUGGUGAAAAGCUAUACAUGGGCAGCAUCAUAGGAGGAGUUACAAUUAUCAUAGGUCUAUACCUGUUGCUAUGGGGAAAAGCAAAAGAUCAAGAAGUCAGCAUCACAUCUGAGAAGCAACCAUCACUGUCUACUAAGCAGAAUGAACCGAAGAUACAAAUAGUAACAGUGCUAGAAAGGGAGUCACCCAAUCACUAGUUGAAACCUGCAUGGUGAAAAGAUCCCUUAUAUUCUCGCCAACUACAUGAAAAGGACAGCAUAUGGACUGCGCAUGCGUCAAUUUGUUUAUUCCAGAAGCUAUAGAACAGCAGACAAAAAGAACAACAAAGAAAAGGCUAUUCUCCGUGGCUCAUGCAAACAACAAUAUACGUUACAUAAGCAGAUAUUUGAAAGUUCACAGUGCUAAAAACAACCAUUAUAGCAAUUGGUCUUAAUACAUAAGAUAUUUAAAUUCCUGACCA